UUUGAAAGCUCCUCGUCUCAAUUGAAACCCUCUCAGAAGGUAUUGAAUUGGAAAGCUCUGCAGCGCUUCUCUUGUUGUGUCUCUCUCGGAAUCCGAAAACAAGCUAUUGAUGAAGAUCACUAACUCUUUGAAAGGGGAUUCUGCCAUAUGUGUGUCUGAGUGUCGGAUGAUGAAUAAAAAUUCCCCUGCUGCACUCAGAACAAGUAACAGGCAUUUCGCCAAAAAGGAUCGGUUGUGGCGUUUAGCUGUAAGAAAACAACAGAAACGGCGUGUAGCUCUAAGAAAAGACUGGAGGCAUUUCUCCAAAAAGGAUCUCUUGCGGCGUUUAACUGUAAUACAAGAACAGAAACCGAAAGAUAGGCGUCUUGCUGUAAGAAAAGAACGGAAACGGCAAUAUAUUUUGUCAACAACCAAGGAAGACCGGUUUGCAAAUCUACCAGAAGAAAUCACGAAAGAGAUCUUGGGAAGACUCCCGAUUCUGAGCGUUAUGACGUGCAAGUGUGUUCUUAAAUCAUGGCGCCAUCUGAUUGAGGGGGAUGACUUUGGGAUGUCGUAUACUCCCAAACCAGGCCUAAAUUUCAUUUAUCGAGACAUGGAAAUGGGGUACACUGUCUGCGAUGAGGCCUUAAAGCCACUUUUCAGAUUCGCUUCGCCUUCUCACCAUCAAUCAUCUACCGUUAACCAUCGUGUUGCAAUUGCUUCAGCUAAUGGUUUGCUAUCGAUGUGGGAUCCAUUAUAUAAGACUCUAUUUAUAUGCAAUCCAAUGACUCGUGAGUACGUUGAGCUCCCUCCUCUAUCAAAGGACAUAAUUACUUGCUUUUUUGGAUUUGGAAUGAGCAAAUUAAGUGGGCAAUAUAAGAUUUUAUAUGGUGAUUCCUAUAGUUCGUGUCAUGUAUACACUCUCGGAAGAGGCACUGGGUUGUGGAGAAGCGUCGCAGCAACUGCGCCGGGCAUAUGUAGACAGCCUCGUGAAUCUGCUUUAUUUUUUAAUGGAAAUCUUCAUUGGCUGACAUCUGACCCGGAAAAAAAAUUCUUGGUUUGCUGCUUUGAUUUAGAAGCUGAGGUGUUUACCAGUUUUUCAGUUCCUUGCGAUUAUAGCGGUGAUAGCUGUGGUAACAAUCGGCUAUAUAUUUUGGAGGGUCGGCUAUGUUUAUGCAACAUUUUAGAUUGGCGCCGAGUUAUUAUUUGGAAGAUGAACAACUAUGGGGAUGAGAAUUCUUGGAUAAAGGAAUAUAGUUUCAACUUACCCAGAGGGCGUGCAUAUUUGUAUGUGCUUGAAGUUUUAGCGAAUGGUGACUUGUUGUUCGCAAUAGCAGGUGCUGAUUCUGGGUCUACAUCUCAUGAUCAACUAUUUAUCUACUCCAAAAACACUGAAGCUAUUGUGAUGUAUGCGACGUAUGUGAGAUAUCGUUGUUUGGAACAACGUUAUUCUUCCAACGUUGUUGUUUAUACGCCAAGCUUGAUUUCACUCACGACCAUGGGUUUUCAUAAUGUUCAACCGUUAAGUUUAUUAAAUAAACAUGCGGAUCGGUUGUACUUUAGGUGAUUGGUGUACUAUUUAUUUUUUGUUGUAAUAAUAGUUCUUAUGUAUUUUUAGUUUA